AUGUGCCACUUUCAGGUCUCUCACACUGCUGGUGUGUUCCAUUUUUUGUCAUAGGGUGCUGGCAGAUUAUGGGCCUCCCAUAGCUGCUGCCAGGCCCCUAAUCUGCCAUGGGCCCCUGUACCGCCUCCUCAUGCUGCUGCCAGGUCCAGAGUCUCUCAUGGGGUGCUGGCAGAUUACGGGCCUCCUAUAGCUGCUGCCAGGCCCCUAAUCUGCCAUGGGCCCCUAUACCGCCUCCUCAUGCUGCUGCCAAGUCCAGAGUCUCUCAUGGGUCCCUGUACGGCCUCCCAUUGCUGCUGUCUCCAUCGCCACACUCUGCCAUGUGCCACUUUCAGGUC